AUGGUCAGACGUCGACUUCCUUCCUCCACCUACUAUACUCCCGCUGGCGAGUCAGAAUGGUCGCGGGAAACCUUCGGGGAGCAGUCUGUUGCUGUUCUCUCGGGUGGCUACCGUAAUCCCAUCGAAAUGGCUCGACACGUUGCUGCUCGGUGUGGCUCUCACCAGCCAUUCUUUGUCAUGGACGUCGCCGCCAUCGAAAGACGUCUUGAAGUGCUUCGUUCGACGCUUCCGCUUAUUCGCCCAAACUAUUCGAUCGCUUGCAAUGCGGAUCCGGUUCUUGCACGAGUUCUUUCGAACAACCUCGAUGUCAACUUUGAAGUUGCCACCUCGGGAGAGUUAGAGCUGACAUGUUUACAUUCGGAACCAUCCAGAAUCAUUUUCUGCUCACAACUGUUGACUCGCAAAGGCAUUAAGAACGCUGUACAAGCAGGAUGUGGAACAUUUGUUGUGGAGAAUGAGAAACAAAUGAACGACGUUAUGAACGCAUCUGCUGAUGCUCAAAUGUUUCUUGCUGUAUGCCUUCCAUAUUCAUCAGGAGAAGUACCUUUCGGAUGUUCCAUUGAUGAGCUGGUGGAGAUUCUCGACAUGGCACAUCUUCUCGGCGCGAAUCUUACUGGAAUCUACUUGGAGCUUGGCGUUCGUGCUACACUUGAUGAUUACAUCACUGCUAUCCACGAUGCUCGUUCAAUCAUCGAUACUGCAUCAACGAAGUUUCUGGACCUCCGUCAUAUUUCUCUUGGUAAUCUUGUUAUCCCAACUGGAACGGACGGAUCGGUGAACAACAAUUCCAUUUCAUUCUGCGAGACAAUCAAUCGGGCUGUUUCCGAACUUUUCGACGAUCAUAUUGACUUUUCUGCAAACAUUGGUCGUUUUCUAGUGACGAAUGCAUUCACUUUGUGUACAAACGUCAUUGGAAAACGAGCAUUGAAUGCAAAAUACAUUACCAACGACGAUUUCGAUGAUGGUGUUGGCUAUCUCUAUCAAACCAAUGAUGGUAUUUAUGGAUCAUUUGGAUGCAAGCUUAUGGACAUUAAUCCACAGUGCAAACCAUUAAAUGGAGAGGAAACAUUUGAUGGAAGCAACCAACUUUAUCUCGGAGCAGUUCUGGGACCAAUUCUGGAUGGCUGUGACGUGGCUCAACGACUCACUAGAUGCCGUCAGUUGCGUGUCGGAGAAUGGCUUGUCUGGGAAAAGAUGGGUGCAUUUACAAUUCCUGUUGAUGGUGAACACCAUGUUCCUCCUGUUUAUUAUUAUUCUGGAAAAGAGUGUUGGCAAAAAUUGAUCCACAAAGAUGAGCAACGUCGAUCUCCGUCGCCAAGUGUCAACGAUGAUAUCGGAAGUGAUGGUGAAGGCGGCUAUGCGUCUUCGUGUGAGGACCAGGACGCGGAGAUGAUGUUAGAGCCGCUAGUAGAAGACCUGAAUGAAUUUUAA